CUUGGCGGAGGGGCACGUGGAUGAGAGCGGGUGAUGGAGGCGGCCGGGGCCGCGCGGGACCCCUCGCCCUCCGAGUCAAGAGAAUCCCUACUUGCAAGGAGGAGAACUUCAGAUGACUUCUGGCUCUUAAGAAGUCACUCUUCUGAGGCUGAGAAUGAGCAGGAUGUGCAGGUACCAGAACACGAAAUCCCAUCAUCUGUGUAUGAGAAGGACCAAAAACUAAGCACUUUCAGCAGGACAAAAUCUUCACAUAUUUGGCAGGACCCGUGGACCCCCCUGCAGAAGGCCUGCUCAUCUCUGGAUUCUGGAAAGAAGAAAGCUACCAGAGAUUGGCUAACACAGAAACAUGUUUCUCUUGCGCAGGCAGUAUCUAGUGAAAGCAAAGGUGUUAUUGAUUCUGCCAAGACCAUCUUGGAUGAAGAAGAUUAUUUUGUGAAGGAGGUGGACAAGUACUUGAAUCACAAUGACUUCUUAAAUCUGAGGAAGAAGGAGAUCCAAUACAAGAAAUGGCUUGAGCGUGUUUCAGAGCCACUGCUACAUAAAAUUGAAGACAAAGUUGACAGCCAGUCAAGUGAAGAAAUAGAGGAAAGGAAACGAAAUCAGCUGGCUCUCUAUUUAAACUACUGUAAUAAGAAGGGCAGUGUCGUUUUUGAAGAUUACGAUGCUUCGGAGUACGAUCCAUUCUUCCUGAAAACACGUACCAACUACUGGAAGGUUUCAACUCCACCUUUCCAGGAUCCCCUGUUAAAGGAGGUGCAAGGAAAGUACCUUGAGAAAGGGAUUAUCCAGCAGUGUGAGACAGGAAGAAUAUAUUCUGCCAAGGAAAUGAAUGAACUACAUAAGGCAAAGCUGCCACCACUUCCGCUGGGUCGGCAAUGUUGGGAUGCAGUUGAGUGGCUGAAAAUAGCCCCAGGAUACAUUGAGAGUGAAGUUCAUCAGAGAAAGAGGAGAAGAAUGACCAGAAACCAAAACAAAGGCACCCUGGACUCCAAGGCCUGGUCUGACACUGCCUGCCUUCCCAUCCUUCGGAAAGAGGGGAUGCAUAUCCACCAGGAUUAGAAAUACUGAACCACAGAAAGCUGUCAAAAGUAACCAAGGGGCUGACUCGAACCCUGUCAAGGAAGCACAACAGGCUUGAUAUUCUUUUGGAUGUCACUAGGUAUCGCAGCACCCAUGGGAUGGAGACCAGCGCGCUUCUCAUUUGGAACUGCACACAGGGCUUCAUGUCAGCAAGACAAAUGACGGUAGCAGUAAAAUGGUUCAGAUUUAUCAAACACGUUAGAAAUAAACCCUAUCUACUUUUCCUGGUGUUGGUGCUAGGACGAAGACUUUGCUUGCAAGAGGUUUCCUUUCUACCUGAUCCCACUGCACAAGCAGUUCCCAGAGCAGACACAACUAAUAGCUUAAUAGACUCACUUUCAAUUCAGUCCCUGUAAUUUUACUCCCCAUUAUUUCACAUUUGCUUGUACAAUAAAAUAGACUUUAAAAAUCAAUAUGUAUCAGUAAACAUCUGUA